AAUGUCGAGGCGAUUGUCGAUGGUAGGCUAUCCCAACUACAUCACAUCUGAUUGCAUGACACCCUGUAGACAAUCGACGUUCCCGCGUCCUCUUUAAGUGUGUCUCCGUAUAGGCAGCACAUGCUUUUCCCUCUUGUUCCUAUCAGCAUUUUUUUUUUUUUUUUUGUUCGGGUACGACCUAAAAAAGAUUUUCUCGCAGGGUUGUGCACCUUCUUUUUUUCAUCUUCGGAAUGGGCCCACCUGCCAUCUGUAUCACGAAAAUUAAUCAUACCUGUCCGGUCUACUUUCAUAAACAGGCAUCCUCAAGUCGCAUCGGUCCAAUGGUCCGUUGCAAACAUUACCUCGCUCCCUCAAGCAUCGUCUCCAUCUCUGUCAAUUGACUUCCAUGGUCUUUGGCCGUUUCGAUGUCGCCUCCUCGACUAAUAACUCUGCGGGACUCAACGUUUACUCCGCCUUCCAUUCUCGGCGCCAUGGAGCAUCUCGCGCUGCGUACAAACAUAGGUUUUCACACAGUGAGCAGGGCAAGUUGUUGCAGCCCCUCUUCGCGCACACUAUUCCCGCAUCCUCAUACUGUCGUCGCCACCAUCACAAGGAAUGCAAGCGCACAUGUUGCACACUCGCCAAAUUGCAGCAGGAACAGCAACAGGCAUUGGAGCUGAAGAAGAAGAUGGCGAAUAACUACUAUAUGAACAAUGUUCGCAAGCAGGAGCACCAGCGAGUCACAGGACUGGUCGACGCCAUCCCGGCAUUUCUCAAGUGCUCUGCCAUGAGCUAUCGGGAUAUCGCCAAGGCUAUGGUGGACAAGGGCGAACUGGAGGAUAUGAAGGGCACGAGGGUGCUGGAGGGCUGGUAUCGGCUGUUGCUUGAGAUGAUGACUCAGGCAGCAAUCGAGUCGUACCUGUGCGAUGAGGAUUCUGGGUGCGACACCAUCCUGGACGUGUUCUCGUAUGGCGAUGACCCAGACAAUGAAACGGUAUUAAAGGAUUUUAAGCUGGAGAAGAGUGCAGAGUCUUCUGAAGAGACGUCUUCGUCAUCGUCGACUAUGACGGGGGUCGAAGGACUGCAGUUCCAGAGUCUGAAUAGCCUUGGAUCGACAUCAAUGUCAUCGCUCAAGGGCCAGUAUCCACACCAACAGCCGUCCAAUUCUUCAGCAAUGCUACAUGAUGUCACCACACAGGAUCGUCAGGAUGAUAUUCUGUUCGCCAAGACACCCGCAUACGAGUCGUUUAAAAAAGCCAAGGAUGAGCGCAUGCAAGAGUUUUUGACACUGAACGGCGCGACAAUGGAGCAGCACUUUGCAGAUCUGGCAGCCAAGUAUCCUCUGAUCAUCUUUGAACGUCAAAUGACGCAUUUCAUUGCCCGCUCACAGCAGCUGCUUGUAGAUCCCAAGCUGUCUCAAACUGUAGCGCCGAUGGGAUUGCUAAUUCCACCCACAACAUCUGCAUAUGCUGAUGGCUCAUUGUCAAUGCCUGUUAGCGAGGAUGAGGAUGAGGACGAGGAUAUGGAGGAACCACGUACGAAGCUGGAAGAGAUCAAAGAAGAGGACGAGAACGAUACCGUUGGCGAACAAAAUAGCCGACAGCAGCACUUUCCUUCGCCACCAGCCUCGGUAGUUGUAAUCAAGGAGGAGAAACUGAAUGGUUCGCAAACACACGACGACGAUGAUAACUCAACGGCGGCCAGAGUUGUGCAGGUCUCGAAGAAACAUAAACAUCAUGCUGAGUCGAGCGCACAUACUGUAGACCUGAACGAGACACAGGAUGAUGAGCACGCUUCCAAGAAGGCCAGGGUCUAGUUCAUCUCCCCUUUGUUUCUUUUCGUUACAUGUAUCAACACCAUAUCCGCUGUAACUCCAUUUCCGAUGGCCCUUUCUGUACUUUAUGCCCUGUAGAUAAAAUAGUAAUAAACUUUUUUUUUAGACAAUGUCGACGCGUAACUAGAGUAGACUACUGCAGGUAGAGUGCCAGGAACCGGUAUAUAUGCCACAAAAACUAUAU